AUGGCGAACGAAGGACGUCUGGCUCCAGUAGCUGAUGAGAGCAUCAUGCAGGAACAUGGAGAGACUCAGAGCACCUUUGCCACAUCAACGCUUGUUCCGGAUCUUGAGAAAGCCCCGCGUUCUAAAGCAUGUGGCAAAGAACCGGAGUAUAAGUCCAUCUAUGGCUCUGUCAUUGAUACUUCUUGUUCGCAAACGGGAGCUGGAGCUGAUGCUGUUCUGAGGGCGAAAGCGCAGCUCCUGAAUCAAGCGCUGCUUGAUAUUGGGAUGGGCCGGUACCAGUGGUUUCUGUUCCUCAUCACGAGUGUCGGAUGGUUUCUCGAUAGUUUCUGGAUUGCAUCGUUCACUGUUAUCAACCCCGCUGCAUCCGACGAGGCCAUGUUCUUCUUUACCGGAGACAAGGCGGCAUACUUGCCUGUCAGUCUAUUUGUUGGCCUGACAGUCGGUGCAACAGCAUGGCCAUGGAUGUCGGACACUCUAGGCCGGAAGUGGAUCUUCACGAGCACUGUUGUCCUCAUGGGCAUGGGCGGCUUGGUCGGUGCUGGAAUGCCUUCGUUUACCGGCCUUUGCGUCGUAGGCUGUGUAGUGGGUAUCGCGAUCGGAGGAAACCAGCUUAUCUCGGGGAUGAUCCUGGCGGAAACGCUUCCUGCUUCGCAUCAGUUCCUUGUUGCCAUGCAAGGUCUGUUCUGGGGUCUUGGUCAGUUGGUAUCCUAUGCUGUUGGAUGGGCAUUCAUCGCCGAGUACACAUGCGGUACCGGCCCCGACAAGCUCAGCACAGAACAAGCUCUAGGCCACCAGAAGCGUGCCGGGAGUGGAAGCGGCAGCUCCUGCCACUAUGUAUCCAACAAAGGCUGGCGCUAUGUCUGGUGGACCUUUGGCUGCAUUACCCUCUUCCUUUAUCUCUGCCGCUUCUUGUUCCCUCUCCGGGAAACCCCAAAGCAUCUCCUUGCGCGCCGUCGUGAUGCCGAAGCCACACAGAUUGUCAAGGACAUUGCGGCUUACAACAAACGUCAGACUUGGCUGACAGAGGCAUCAUUCGCCCGUAUCGACUCGACGAUUGAUUCCACCGAAACCCGUCGGCAAUCACGAACUCAGGCUCUCGUCUCAUCUCUUGGACCGACUGGCCUUCCUGUCCUGCUCAUCUUAUGGAUCACUACUGGUCUGACAUUCAUCCUGCAUAAAACGUACAUCAGCAACUACCAGGCCAGCCAUGGGGUUUCAGCAGUGACACCGCUGAGCGUGUCAACAGACUACCUCUUCAGCUGGUACCUCUAUGUCGCGAUCUGUGCUAUCCCGGGCCCCAUUGUCGCAGCUCUUCUCAUUGAAGCCAAAGGAUUUGGGCGAAAGCGCACUGGCGCCAUGCUCGCCCUACUCACCGGUCUGUUCAUGUUCCUAGCUACCGUUGCGCGGUCCCGAGAUGCGGCUCUGGCGUUCUCCUGUAUUAUAUCCUUCUUGGAAUUUGCUGGCCUUGCUGUGUUGACUACCUACACGGUUGAGGUGCUCCCAUCGCCUGUCCGUGGAUCCGGGCUCGCGGUAAUGGGCUUCUCGUGGGGUCUGUUCGGUCUGGUUGCGCAGAUCAUCAGUGUGUAUGCGGGUAGUACUGCUGCUGGAGGAGGUCCUGUCUGGUUCUGUGGUGUGAUCUGGAUUGCCAUGGUGGGAGCUUGGUUGGCUCUUCCUUUGGAGACGCGAAGUAAGGCUGCGGCAUGA